AUGUGGGGCUGGCUGUCCUGGGGGGUUGGAACCGGCCACAACCGGUUGUGGCGGGUCCCAAGUCUCCCCGCGUCAGCUUUGGAGUCUGCGGACACGAAUCCCCGCUGGUGCAGCUCGGCCCUCGGACGCGUCUGGCCACAGGAACUGUUGACAUUCAGGGAUGUGGCCAUAGAAUUCUCUCCAGAGGAGUGGGAAUGCCUGGACACUGCUCAGCAGAAUUUGUAUAGGGAUGUGAUGUCAGAGAACUACAGAAACCUGGUCUCUGUGGAACUUGCUGUCUAUAAGCUGGACCUGCUCACCUUUUUGAAACAAAUGAAAGAGGCCUGGAAUGUGAAGAGAGAGGAAACAGUAGCCAAGCACCCAGGUAGGUGGGAGUGA